UUCCAGGAGGAUGCUGAGGAACGAGAGGCGGCAGGUCGUAUGAUGGUGCACGCAGCAGAGCAUCGCAGCCCCCGUUCAGCCCUGAGCUGUAGGUCACGAUAAUUAAAUGAUGGAAAAUAAAAUAAAAGGCAGACAACGCAAGGACAGCGGUUAGGACAAGUGCUACCUCGAAUGAAAAAAAAUGUAAUCGGUACUGGAAACGGUGAUGCUGCUUCAACAUGGCAGCGUGUUGAAUCCAUAUAGUGUGGUACCUUUGUAACGAUCAUUGCAGUUGUCAAGAUGGGCUCGCAUGUGGUUCAAACUCUACGGCAGGGAGUGUGGGCUUCGCUUACCGGCGGCUGGUAUCACGACCCGGACCAGAAUAAAUUCAAUAACUCAUGUCACCUUUAUUUGUGGAUGUUUCUUCUUAUGCUACCCUUGUCCCUGCAUUUGGCCCUCCCCCCAACCACAAUGGCACUCAGCAUCUAUUGCACGUCAGUGACGGUCUUCUUCAUCGCCAUAAAGGCAGUGAACUACCGGCUCCACCUGAUGUUCGACAGGGGCGACAUUGUGGCCCAGAACAGUGUGUCUGAUGUCAGCAAAGGUGCUGACAAGAAAAGCAAUGCCUCUGACUCCUGCCUUCCUGCUAACUUAAGAAAAAGCAGUACUGCUCCUGACAGUGUUGCCAUGACAGUACUGACCAGAAAUCGUCUAAGUCCCAUUAUACAAGUGACUGUGAAACAAACAGAGACGGAUUCGGGCCUGAUCGGUGUGGAGUGCCCAAAAGCAGAGGAGUUGAAGAGCUCAGAAGGCCAUAGGGACUCCCCCGCUAAAGAGAGGUCAAGAGACAAGCCCCAGCAUGAGGAUGGAGGUUUGCCAGAGGACAUGUCCAGCCCCAAUCCAGACCAGUGCGCCCCUCUCCUGGAGCAGGAGCAGCGGCCGCCCCCAGACAGAGACACCGCAGACGAGGGCCUGCCACCGUCCAAGGACAGCGACGUCGAGAGCGUGGACGAGAAGAGUGAGCUGCAGGUGAAGGAGAAGCCGCCCACUGACCCCAACAACAACGAGAAGAACGAGGAGGAGGAAUGCAGGGGCCUCUCACCGGACAGCCUCUCCCCCGUCCAGGACGCCCCGGCAGAGGAGACCUACUGCUCGGACGAGAUCGCGGUGAUGCUGGUGGACAACUCGGGCGCGUCGGUGCGCCUGGACGAGAGCGACACGGUGAAGAUCAUCAUCACCAUGAGCUGCGACGCCCAGACGGCUGCCGAGCUGGAGGAGUCGGUCAAGCAGAGCAUCAUGGAGUCGGCCCAGUCGAAGAUGGCCAAAGAUGGACAAGGGGAGUCCCGGGGAGACUGCAUGAUCCGGAUACCCGUCAUCACCUUCGACUCACCCCUGGAAGACGAGCACGAGGCCACCGUCAAGGGAGAGGAUGACCGGGAGGACGAGUACAGACUAGCCGCUGAGGACGAGCCAGCUGACCAACCGCCGAUGCAGAAUCCCGAACUCAGCCACUCCAAAGAACCAAUCAGCUCAGACUCGGCCACACAGGACUGUCGGGAGUAUGAGCCGGACGAACAGGAGGUGGAGCAUGGCAGCCUGCCGCUGACCAAUGACAACAGCUCCUCGGGCAUCGACGUCCACUCGCACCCCGACGAGAAUGAGGCACCGGAGCUCCGGAUGGACGCCGACGGCUUCCUGCAAAUCCCGGCUGGCUAUGGGCGCUACGGCCCUGGGGGCAGGACACACGUGCGAGGGCUGAGUAUAGACAGUGGGAGGGACGCCGUGCUCAUCGCUGACCGGUCCAAGGGCCGGACGCACACCAUGACCACCUCCAAGUCGGACCUGGAAGCCAAGGAGGGCCAGAUGCCCAACGAGUCCAACUUUGUGGAGUUUGUGUCGCUGCUGGAGUCCAUCAACAGCACGCGAGCGGCCAGCAGCUCUCAGCCUGAGACGGAUGAUGCAGAUGAGAAAGAUGAGGAGGAAGAUGAUACCAUGGUGACGGUGAAGAAUGAUGAGGAGACAGAGACAGAGAGACCCAACCCUCCCAACAGUCUGGCCACCACGGACACACCCCUCGCUGUUCCAGAGAGGCUCAUCCCCAUUGUCUCUCCUGACAGUCCUCAGACGGAUAAAGAUAAAGACCCAGACUACGACUCCCUUCCCUCCCAAACGUCCCAGUCUGAGAGUUCCAUGCUCCAGGUCAUCUGCAGACCAGAGGCCACCUCCAAAGAGGAGGCCUACACCUUCCACACGGUCCACAGAGACAGACCUAGGAAGUUGUACAAUGAGAGAGCCCUGAACUUACCCCUUGGGGCUGAGUUGAUUACAGGCAACAUGUGUGAUCUCCUGUCGACCUCCUCCAACUCGGAGUGCCAGGACGGUUUAGCCGGAGGUCAUGCGGACUGCCCAUUCCAGCGCCGCAUCAUUCCUGCUCACCGACUGCGCCCGAGGAGAACACAUCCAGAGAUCUUUCAGGAAGAGGACUCACUAGAUGACUCGUCAGACACGUCGACUCAGGAGAAGCCAUCUCGGAAGCUCUACUACAAGCUGAAGGUCUUUCCUGGGAAGUGGGUCAACAUCCUGUAUGAUCGGCUGACCUUACUCGCACUGUUUGACAGGAAUCAAGACGUGUCAGAAAACGUGGUAGCUGUCUUCCUGGCGUUCCUGGUGUCUUUCCUAGGAUUCGUCCUGCUGAACCAUGGCUGUUUUAAGGACAUCUGGGUAUUCCAGUUCUGCCUUGUCAUCGCCAGCUGCCAGUAUUCCCUCUUAAAGAGUGUCCAACCAGAUGCAGCUUCCCCAACUCAUGGACACAAUCAAAUAGUUGCAUACAGUCGAGCUGCAUACUUCUGUAUAUUCUGUGGCCUUAUUUGGAUCCUGGAGCUGUUAUUAAAACAGUCAAACCUUCCUGUGUCCAGAUUGUAUGGCAUGAACAUUGUCUUAUCCGACACCCUCCAUUUUGUCCGAGACAUUUUAGUUGGAUUCACUUACUGUUUCCCUGUUACAUUCCUUGUUGGCCUUCUCCCUCAGAUUAACACAUUUGUAAUAUACUUCCUGGAGCAGAUAGAUGUGCAUUUUUUUGGAGGAACAGCUGCAACUGGGCUUGUGUCUGCAGUAUACAGCAUCAUGAGAAGUUUGACUGCGAUUGCUCUACUCUAUGGGUUCUGCCUUGGCGCUUUAAAGGAACCGUGGGAUGAGCAGCACAUUCCAGCGCUGUUCUCGGGCUUCUGUGGACUGCUGGUUGUCUUCUCCUAUCACCUCAGCAGACAGAGCAGCGACCCCUCCGUGCUCAUGUCUUUAAUCAAGUCCAAACUGAUACCUGUGUUGGGUGGAAGUGAAGAAGAGGAAGAGGCCACCACAGAGAAGAUAGAUCCUCUACCGGAGAAGCUGAGAGGCUCAGUGAAAGAGAUAUUAAUCUCAGACCUGUUUGUGUGUACGCUGGCGUCAGUGUUGACCUUUGCGGUGACGGCCAGCACUGUCUUCCUGUCUCUGAGGCCCUUUGUCACCAUCGUGCUGUAUGCGCUGGCUGGGACGGUGGGCUUCAUCACCCACUAUCUCAUCCCCCAGCUGAGGAAGCAUCACCCCUGGCUCUGGAUCGCUCACCCUGUGCUCAAGAGCAGAGAGUACUCCCAGUUUGAGCCUCGAGAGGACGCCCAUCUGAUGUGGUACGAGCGAUUGUACGUUGGACUGCUCUCCUUUGAGAAAUAUGUGGUCUACCCUGCCAUUGUCCUCAGCGCCCUGACCAACGACGGCUUUGCUCUGAGUCAUCGCAAGAAGCUGGGCAUCCACUUUGAUGUCUUGUUGAUGACAGUUGCUGGGAUGAAGCUUCUGCGCUCCUCCUUCUGCAAUCCCAGCUACCAGUUUGUCACACUUCUCUUCACCGUCAUCUUCUUCGAGUUUGACUGCAGCAGGGCCUCCGAGACCUUCCUGCUCAACUUCUUCCUCAUGACCAUAGUCUUCCACAAGCUUUGGGACCUGCUCCACAAACUGCACUUCAUCAUGGUGUACAUCGCGCCCUGGCAGAUCGCAUGGGGAAGUGCAUUUCAUGCCUUCGCGCAGCCUUUUGCAGUGCCUCACUCUGCUAUGCUGCUGCUGCAGACUCUCCUCACCACUCUCUUCUACACGCCGCUCAGCCCCUUCCUGGGCAGCGCCAUCUUCAUCACCUCCUACCCCCGGCCCGUCAAGUUCUGGGAGAGGAACUACAACACUAAACGGAUUGACAACUCCAACAGCAGACUGGUGUCUCAGGUUGAUAAAGAUACAGGUUGCGAUGACAACAACCUGAACUCCAUCUUCUAUGAGUACCUGACGCGUUCGCUCCAGCACUCUCUUUGUGGCGACCUGAUGCUGGGUCGCUGGGGCAACUACAGCUCUGGUGACUGCUUCAUCCUCGCCUCCGACUACCUCAACGCCUUCGUGCACCUCAUCGAGAUCGGGAACGGCCUGGUCACCUUCCAACUCCGGGGACUGGAGUUCCGGGGUACAUACUGCCAGCAGCGUGAGGUGGAGGCCAUCACGGAGGGGGUGGAGGACGACGAUGCCUGCUGCUGCUGUGAGCCGGGCCACCUGCCCCACGUCCUGUCCUGCAACGCCGCCUUCAACCUGCGCUGGCUGGCCUGGGAGGUGACCACCACCAAGUACCUGCUGGAGGGCUACAGCAUUAGCGAGAACAACGCCGCCACCAUGCUGCAGGUGUACGACCUGCGCAAGCUGCUCAUCACAUACUACUUGAAGAGCAUCAUCUACUUCCUCGUCCACUCGCCCAAACUGCAAACGUGGCUGAAAGACUCCACCAUGCUGGAGGCUCUGCAGGCCUACACCAAAUGGCACCACAUCGAGCGGGACCCAGCCGUGUUCAGCGUGAAGAUCGAUGAGGACUACGUCCACUGCCUACAGGGGGUGACCAGGGCCAGCUUCUGUAACGUCUACCUGGAGUGGAUACAGUACUGUGCUGGCAAGCAGGAAGAGCCAAUGGAAUGUGAUGAGGACUCAGUCCUGGUCACUCUAUGUUUUGGGCUGUCAGUGCUGGGUCGAAGGUCAUUGGGAACGGCAUCCCACAACAUGUCAAACAGCCUGGAGUCGUUCCUGUAUGGCUUUAACACCCUGUUCAAAGGGGACUUCCGCAUCUCCAGCAAGGAUGAGUGGGUGUUUGCAGACAUGGAUCUGCUGCAGAAGGUGGUGGCGCCAGGCGUGAGGAUGAGUCUGAAGCUCCACCAAGAUCACUUCACCUGUCUGGAGGAGACGGAGGAGCCAGCCAUCUUGUAUGAGGCCAUCACUAACUACCGCACGAGCCUGGUGAUUUGCCACGAGAGUGACCCCGCCUGGCGCAAGGCGGUACUGUCCAGCCGAGACACGCUGCUCACCCUCAGGCACAUGGUGGACGACGGCACGGACGAGUACAAGAUCAUCAUGCUCUACAAGCGCCACCUCAGCUUCAAAGUCAUCAAGAUCAACAAGGAGUGUGUGCGAGGCUUGUGGGCUGGGCAGCAGCAGGAGCUGGUGUUCCUGCGCAACCGCAACCCCGAACGCGGCAGCAUCCAGAACUCCAAGCAGGCGCUGCGCAACAUGAUCAACUCAUCAUGCGACCAGCCGCUGGGCUACCCCAUGUACGUGUCGCCGCUGACCACCUCCUACAUGGGAACCCACAAGCAGCUCCGUGGCAUCUGGGGCGGCCCCAUCAGCCUGGCCACCAUCCGCGGCUGGCUCUGCACCAAGUGGCUACGGGUACGAAAGGACAACUUGACCAGUUGUAACAGCGGGGUCAACAUGGACGAUGUGGACUGUGCCGGCUCCUCGCUCAGCCAGAACCACAACUCCAUCACGUCGCAGAGUCUCAGCACGUACCAGGCCCGACCCAGGGCCUCGCAGGCGGUCCGGCACCACGGCGCAGGGCGCCGAGAGUACCGCAGCCGGUCAGUUCAGCCCCAAGCCCAACGGCCCCCGGUCACCAGCCAAUCGGGCCCUAUCCUGGACAGCCAGCACGGCUCGUCAGCCUCGGGGCCCAGCCUGGUGCAGCGGCUCUCCAACAGCCAGCUGUCCUUCAACACCUCCAUCGCCUCCAUCUUCUCCCAGGUCCCACGCCUCUCCACGGCGGGGCUGCAGUCGGCGGCCACUGUGGCGGCGGGUCACCACCGCUCAGGUCAGGUGUCGUCGUCCAGCUCUACGCUCAGCCUCCUCUUCGGCAAGCGCAGCUUCUCCAGCGGUCUGGUCAUCUCGGGGCUCUCAGCGGCCGAGGGCGGCAACACCACCGACACGCAGUCUUCCAGUAGCGUCAACAUUGCAGCUACGGGCCAGUCGGCGAGGUCCACCAGUAGAGCAACACAGUGGACGUCAGAGGCCUUUGAAAGCAUGGACGGGACCAACUCCAACGUCUUCACGGGCGCCAAAGACAACCCGCCAUCCAUAGACCGAGACCGUAGCAGCACGCAAUGCACGGACAGGAGCCAGGAAGACUCGGCUCUGGCCUCCGCCGUCCAGGAGCUACCGGACCAGAAGACCAACUGAGCGCAGACCAGUACCAGCGGGAUCAAUCGUCUCCAGAAGGGAACCUCCACCUCCUGCUACUUGUCCAGGCCACCAAAACCUGCCUCACCUCCCAGCACGUUGAUUAUGAGUUUCCUGAAUGUACAUGUAGACUGUGACUUUUUAAAAAAAAAGUACUCAUGUAUAAAAUAAAAAAACAAACAAAUCAACAAACUAGAAACAUCUUCCACAUUUAAUAUUACACUGAAUUGGAAGGUUAAUUGAAACAAGUACAUUAGGAAAAUGUGUGUGUCUUUGCGUGUAUGUGUAUUUAUGUGAGUGUGUGUGAGUGAAUGUGUAUGUGUAUGUGUGUGGUACGGUACGGUACAGUACAGUGUUCGAGUACUGUGUCCAGAUAAAAAUGUGAAGGGUCUGUAGUCUAGUCAGUGUCCACCCCAAAACUACUGAUACAAACUCAGACUUUUUUUUACAGCCAUAACUUAACUCUCACACACUCAGUUGAUCUUUACAGGAAGCAGACAGCCCAGUUUCUCCCUGGACAUCUGGGGAAGUAUUUUCAGAUGGCCUGUGCUGCCCAGUCUCCCACACACCUCUCAGCCUCCUCCGAACCAAUGGGCGCAUGACCACAUGGACUCCUGCCUGACCAACACCGACUUCCCACAGUCUCUCCUGUUUACCAAUGAAUACUCUUCUCACGAUAUCAGGAUGUUCACAGAAGGAGUGGAGAAUUGCUAUGACUGAAUUAUGUGUCUUCAUGUGUAAUUUCACUGGGUUUUGUAUGAGGCACAGGUCAUAGUGGUAUAACUGAAACCUUUUUUCAGUCCCAGGUUAAGGUGAAGAUAAGGGACUGUCUUGUCCUCUUACACUGUAUGGAAAUAUGCAGUAUUAUGCAUCGCCAUUGACAACACAUUUCCCAUGUGAACGUAAGACUGACAGAAUUUAACAUAGUUGUUUAUGUUUAUGUUUUAUAUAAUGGCAAGAGUGUGUUGUGCUGAAGUUAAUGCAAAAAUAAGCGGAAAGGGAAGUGACCAUGGGUCGGGAAACUCUUGCAGUAGCCCUUUAAGUACGUGUCUUAAAUGGGAUUUAAAUUCUGUCAUUGGAGUCAUUGUACACUUCACAUUUUAAAUAAAAAAAUGCCACUUGGGGGGUGAGUAUGUUUCAGUUA